AUGUCAGUUGUCACUGGAUCCGACUACCCGGGCUAUGAACAGCUGGGAAACAUUUUCAAUAUCUCAGCCGCUGUGUCAAUUCCCGCCGAUGCUCGCAUUGUUGCCACUUCUGGCCAAAUCGCCGAUAAUCAUGACCCGAUGUGGGGAACACAUGCCGAGCAAUUCGAAAAAUCAAUGGUCAACAUCGAGAGGUCUUUGUCGUCGGCAUCCCCUCACAUAACCAAUCCGAGACAACUGUGGGAGGGAAUAUUCUACGUCACAUCAUUUCACGUUGGAGUUUUGUCGAGGGAAGAACAAUUGCAGAUUGCCGAAAUUGCUAGAAAAUACUUUGGAAACAACAAACCUGCGUGGGCAGCGAUUUGUGUUAAAGCCCUCUUCCCACCGGAGGCAGUGGUGGAGAUCCAGGUUCAGGCAGCUUAUCGCGAUGGAAAAUAG